CCAUUCAUAUGCACUUCACCACAUGAAAUGGCCAGCUACAAAACGCUGUUUCAAGAAAAGAAAAACCAAAACUGGCUUAAAGCGUCAGUUGCUGUGGACAUAACCAGAAAGGGGCUUAUACCUUUUGUUACAACAGUGGUGACAAUUCUUCACCAAGCUAUUCGUGCAAACGUUGAACGUACCAACUGUUUACCUCCUGGGGCAACAUGCAACUCAUGUACCACACCAAAUGUCCUGCCGUGUAGAACAAGAGGUUUUUGUGGGGGGGUUAGAUCUCUUCCAUGCAAGUUUCAUCAACAUGCAAAUUUUAGAAAUUGCCCUGCUAGGAUUUGUAAUGACUUUAAGUUGGGUAUCGAAGGCCAUCACAGAUUUAAUGGUCCGUCUUGGAAAAACACCAAUGCAAAUGAUUGGUGUUUCAAUCCGUGGGAAGUUGCAAAGAGCUUUCUUCCACCAGAUGGUUACUUGAAUGUCCAGACAGCGGAUGAUACAGAUAUCAAUGGCAUCAUUAGCCUUAUCAUUAAUUGCACAGUCUUUGACAAUUACUUCACAUGUGAUCUCUCUCUACUGCACAAUAUCUGCACGAAGGUGCGAGAUAUAGGGAGGAAACUUCGUCAUUCACCACAGUUAAUGAUGUCUGAUGCUGAAUUAUCAGAGUGUAUAGAUGCACUCAAGAUGCUUCUAAAGGACAACAAGUAUUUAGCGUCAGAACCGGCAGCAAUGGAUGCCCUCACUAAACUGACACUGUUGGAAAAUGACAAGUUGCGUGUAUCCACAGAUGAUCUAGCAAAUGUUCUGAGCCAUGCUAUAUCAACAAUUAGUGAAAUACUCAAGACGGAAAAAAACAUCUUACAGCAGCAUAUUCAAACAUUAGCCGAUGAAGCAGUUCAGAGCAUUGCACAAGCUAGAAAAGAGGACAACCUUGAACUUUACAGUUUAAAAUCAACAGCCUUAAAACAUGAUCUGCAAAAACAUUAUUUGGAAAGGUGUACUUCUCUCGACCUUGGACCGAUGUUUGACUUGAAUACUCCAAAUUUAGUUGAAGUGUACAUGCCCCCUAAACUGAGCAAAUCUACAGUAUUCAAAGAUUCUUCUGACUCGAGUAUUGGUGUUAAUAGAAAUAUAGUCCUAACCGAGAUCAAAGAGUUAGAUGAAGUUUUUCGAAAUACAGGAGAGCAGGCAAAACACAUUUACAUCACUGCUAAAGCUGGGGUGGGAAAAUCAUCAUUCUGCAAAUUCAUUGUGCGCCUAUGGUGCGCUUUUCAAAUGAAUAAUAGAGAAGAAAUAGAAAGCCUGAAAUCAAGAGGAAGGGGAACAUAUAUGAAUUCUUGCGAGGAACUGAAAAACGUGCAAUAUGUUUUCUAUGCGCGUCUUAUUGAUUGGAGAUCAAGACUGUGUGAAAUGGACGAUAUUGUGUUUUAUCAGGUUAUAAGACGAUUAUCGAAGUGUGAGGAUUAUGAUAUGAAGUUUCUUCGAGAAGUUCUUGAUAAGGAGCGAUGUUUGAUCAUAUUUGACGGCCUGGAUUAAUGGAGCCACCCGGAUGUGAAGACUACUCUCUGCUUUGAGGAAGAUACAGAGUCACCACAUGAAAAAAGUAGGGAGAAUUAAACCGUUAUGAUAACAUCGAGACAUUGGAAGCUCGGGUUGCAGAAAUUGCAUUCUAAAAGAACAAAUGUCUGUGUUGAAAUAGAACAUAUGGAUGAUAAAAACAUACGUUUACUUAUCAAACAAGCCUUUACUCUGCUAGUCGGCGAUUCCGAGCCUUCAAACGAUAUAGAAGAGUUAUUUCGAUUUAUUGACCAAAAGGGUCUACAUCAUUUAUUUGGCAGUCCCUGUGUUGCUUUACAUUUGCUCUCUUUAUGGUACGAAGGUCACUCUCUUGGAGAGAACAAAUGCAAUGUGUAUUGCAAUGUGCUAGAAAUGAUGUUUGCUAACGUCUUACAAAGAAAUCCCCAUGUACAUGGGUAUUUUGCUGAAGAUCAUCAACAGCCUGAUAUAAUUAAAUGCUUACAAACUCGACAUCAUUGUGUAAGAUUCAAAGAGUACAUACGAAACAUCGGCAAAAUGGCGUUUGAAUCGCUUUUUAAUGUUAAAACAUUGGAGGCCCAAAUUGAAGGAAAUCUGUCGCAAAGCUCUCGCGAAACAGAGGAACUUGGACUGCUUACAGGCCUGCUUACGAAAACACAGCUACACUCUUCUACUGUAAAUUCACGACAUGAGUACAGUUUCUUCCACAAAACGUACCAAGAAAUGUUAUCUUGUCUCUACAUUGCAUCAAUGCCUUAUGACAGCGAAGAGCAUGAAUGCUUAGUCAAGACAAUAAAGUCUUCAGACCAAACAUUGUCGUUCGACAUGAUACUGUUUCUGUGUGGUAUGCAUGGAACAUGUGCACAAGAUAUGUUUGAAAUAUAUUGUGAUUUGCAAACAACAAUGCUUUGUCGAAGACGAGAAAUUGAACCUUCAGCUGUAAAUCUGUUUCAUGAAAACUGUUUGAGUAUCAUGAAAGAAAUGGAAGCAAACCAUACCGCAGGUGAACACGCAGUGAACAUUCGCAAUUUACAAUUGAUUAGUGAAAACAACUAUAGUAGUAUUAUGAUAAAUGCAGAUUCUGGUGUAAUAUUGUUAUCAUCUCUCAUUCUAGAUGAUAUCGAUGUUGUAAGCAAUGUUCAGGACAAAAAGGAAAAAUGUAACACCAAAACAAAAGUGUUGUGUUUCAUUUUUAUUGAAAAUAAGUGUGAAUGUUAUACCGUUACUAAAUAAACCCCAAUAAAAUACAAAGUCGUGCAUAAACGUGCACACAGUUGGCCUUAAAGUGCAUCUAUUGAAAGAGAGCUAGAUCUUACUGGUUGAAGAACUUUGUCAUGUGUUGAGUGAUUACAGUCAUAUGAAGAAGCUUCAAACCAUGCCUGUUAAAUUCAAAUUUACCGGAAGAGCUUUUCUUCUUAAAGUUAAACUUUAUGGCAAUAAAAAAAAAUUGAGACAAUGAAACUGUGUUUCCAUGGAUGUUUUUUUUUCUAAUCCAGAGGCCAAGAAGAGUGCACUGAAAUCUCAUAUGUAUUCAGAAAAUGUAGAAGUGUUUGGAACGGGUUGUUUAACGGCAAUACAAAUGUGUGUCUUAGACAAACGCUUUCAUCGUUCGAGAACAUUCAAGUGAUCUUAUUAUUACCCACUUAUGGAUCUACACAUACCAAUGCGUGUCAGAAAAUUGAUUGUCAUUCAUCAGUACUAUGAUAUCAGCAGAAUGUUUGACUUAAACAUAUUUUAUUAGCAGAAUGGUUGAUGAACUUGGUAAAUAACAUUAAGGAUGUUGUUAUGUUUCCCAUACUGACGAGAUUAUGAUAAAAACCAGUUUGGGAAAUAAAACAAUGAAAUCAGUGUACUUUAAAUGAUGUGUCGAUUUUGGAUAAGGACGAGAUGGAGAAGUAUACAGUUGUUGGGAAAACAAACGUGUCAAAACUAGAUUUCAAAAUAACGAGUGACAGACAAAAUGAAUGACAUUGAAUGAUAACGAUGUGUCUACACAAAGACUCAAUAGCUCUACUACGCCAAUGUACACACAAACACAUAUAUAUCUGUGAUAACUUGUUAGGGUUUAGUUUAUUCAAACGUUCCCUACAUGAGUUUAAUUACCGGAGGCGUGAUAUUUAAAUGUAUCUACAAUUAUUUGUAAUAAAAUUAUAAAUUAUUUUGCAAUAAACAAAUUUACUUA